UUUUUUUUGUUUCGGAAAACACAAAGCAAAAACAAAUCAUUUUUAAUAAAAUAUCAUUGAAAUGGAACAUACAACACAAUUACAUAUUUAGAGCGAGCACACACAUUGAGCAGAUCAGCGAAAUUAUAGCAAAUUUUUGCACGAAAUAUUUGAUUGCAUUAAUGAGAUCAGUCAAAAGGCGAGUGUUGGCGAAUACGGAGCAAAUUGCUAAAAUCGAAUAAAAAUUCAACAACACACACAGUUGUUAAGGGAUGCGAAAUAAGGCCGCUUAGCGUCGCGCAAAACAAACUUUUUUUGCGGAAAAUAUAUAUACAAAGAACUAAAACAAAACAUAUAACAAAAUAUCACGUAAAUUACAAGCGCCGCUGCUCGAAACAUGCUUUUGCAACGCGAAUUUGCGCAUACGCUUUUAUUUUUGGCACUUUGCCUACUCGCGUCGAGUGCCGCACAAAGCGAGGAAAAUGUAGACACAAACUUCGACUCCGGCACAGCUGAAGACAACUUGGAGCUGAGCUUGCAAUCGUUCGAGUUGGAUGAUAAUACGCCCACCAACGCUGCUGAGGCGACGACUACAAUAAGAACCACACAAUUCCCGAAUAAUUUUGAAAACACAAACAAUUUUGAAGAUACGCGACCGCAACUACGUAACAUCGAGAGUAUGGACGAGAACUGUCUCGAGAGAUAUUGCUACAAUUUUCACUAUGAACGGCUGGAUGAAGUGGCCUUCUUUGAUAUUAAAACCGAGGUACAUAUCAAUAAAGAGGAUACCACCUAUGAUAUUGUGAAUGCGCGCAACUACGAUACGCUGAUCUUUGAGAAUACGACAUUCGCACGCUUUCCGCUAAACCUCUUCUAUGCGGUGAGCGUUAAAGAGUUGGAUAUGCGUAAUUGCUCAAUACAAGUACUGACGUGGGAGUCUUUUCUUAUGGCACAAAAUUUACGCAUUCUAUUGCUCUCCAACAAUCGCCUGCAAGUGAUCACCGAUAGCACUUUCAAAUACGCGAGCGAUCUACAAUAUCUCUUCCUCGAUACGAAUCGCUUGAUACAAUUGGAUAGCGAUAGUUUUGAUGGUUUGACAGAGUUGCGUUAUUUGGAUUUGAGUAAUAAUCGCCUAACACAACUACCAAAGGGGCUGUUAGAUGAUUUGAACGCGUUGGAGGAGUUACGUUUGGAUAACAAUCGCUUACGCACGCUAAACAAUCAACUCUUCACCAAUAAUUUGAAUGUAUUGAUACUCACGCUAAGCGAUAAUCGGCUCGAGCAUAUUGAUGAGCACACGUUUCGACGUCAGUCAAAAUUUAUUAUUUUGGAUAUUGGAAAUAAUCGCGAAUUACGCACACUCGUAUUGAUGUUGCAAUUGCAGAAUUUGAACGCCGCCAAUUGUACGCUCACACGUGUCAACAUUUACGGUUAUGUACGCAACGUCGAUUUCAGCUACAAUCGCAUACAAGAGCUGUACUUUGCACAGCCGGAACAACUAAAAACGUUGACACUGCGUAACAAUUCGUUGCAACAGGUUGCCUCGCUGUCGCGCGCCAACGAGCUGCAAGUACUCGAUUUAAGCGACAAUCCACAAUUGAUCACACUGCCCACACCAUGGUUGGCGAACUCGUUGAAACGUUUGAAUCUUGGCAAUACGGGCUUGCAGCAAUUGCCCGUCGAGGCGAUAGCCGCGCAGACGCAAUUGAACUUUCUCAAUGUUUCUUACAAUCAGCUGCGCGAGAUCAAUCCGCAAAACUUCAAGUAUUUGGAGAACUUGCAGCAUUUCGAUAUACGCGGCAAUGAUUGGAACUGCUACAAUUUGAAUAUACUUAUGGAUAUGCAGCUAAAGCCGCACAGCAUAGCUUACGGUCAUGAUGUGAUGGACAGCGAAUUUCCGGGUGAAUAUAUCAACGAUAUAGCGUGUAUGUAUCGCAUAGAGGAUGUGGAAGACAACGACACAAGUAAUGAUCGGCCUAGCAGUAGUGCAAAUAUUGUGGAUGAACUAGAACAGCUGCAAAACUAUCCGCAAGGAGAGGUGGAGAGCUUACGUAGGGAGCUUAAAGCUAUUGUGGGCAUAUAUGAACAAAAAUUCGAUCGUGUUUAUCAGCUGAUCGAGAACUUGGAUACGCGCUUGCGCGCUUUUGAGAACAUGAAUGCUACGCUCUUCCAACAUGUUACAAUAACGGUUUAAAUAUUCCUCACAAUGGUAAUUAUUUCAAGAUAAAUUAUAUGACCUUGCUUUCAAAGCCACUUUUUCUCAAUAAAUUUCUAAAAAUAUUUGUUUAUAUGUAUAAAUAAAAAUUAAAUGUAUUGCUUCGAAUAAAUAUAAACUAUAUAUUCAAAGUUUAACAUACAAAAAUUCUUCUAAA